AUGGAUUCGUACCAUGUUAUACUGAUGUUGGUUUGCGUAGUUCAGUCAGAAAAUAUAGAUAUAGAGAAAUUGGAAUUCUGUAAAAAUCUUAAUUGCGCUGAAUGGCCAAAUAUUCAAGUUUGUGGUAUACGCGAAGAGUCUGGCGGUUUUCGAUUGAAAUUGUUUGAAAGUGAAUGUCAGCUAUUACAAUAUGGAUGCAAAGUAGAAAAUGAUAAAACAUAUGGAAUAAUCAAUUUAGAAUACUGUAAAAAAGCUUUCUUACAAGACGACUAUCUUAAUGCAGAAUUUAAUAACGAAAUCAUCGAAGCGGAGCAUAAAGUGAAAUCAGAUGAAUGCACAAAACUCAAUUGUACCUUAAGAAAUAAAGAAACGAGAAUUUGUGGACUUAAAAAGCACGGCGCUGGAUAUAAAAUAAGGAUAUUUGAAACUGAAUGUCAACUUAAAAAGCAUAAUUGUCAAACGAAUUCUGAAUUUGUUGAAACAGAUUUAUUUAUUUGCAAAUCUACUUUAUUAUAUGAUUCUACAACAUUAAAUGAAGAUCCAAUUAAACUUAAUGAGGAUCCUAAGGAUAUAAUAUUAAAGAACAUUGUUGUCAUAGACGCUAAUAUGUUGGGUUUCAAAAAUAAUAUCAAUGACACCAUUGGAAAUUUUUUUGCAGCGACUCAUGUUCUUGAUAUGCCAAUGCGUGAGGUAUCACCUGACUUGGUAAAUGAGAUAACACGAAGAAGAGAGAUAAAAAUAGCUGGACCGGUAAAGGUAUUUCAACCUUGGACUACUAUUCCAUCUAAUGUUAGUGAUGAUUACAUGCACAGUCCAACUUUGUCCUCCUGUUUCCAUAAAUGUCCUACAAAAUGUCCGGAUACGUAUGCACCAGUGUGCGGUGUACCAGGAAUCGUUGCUCGGGAACCUUCUCUGAUGUUCCAGAACCAUUGCUUCAUGGACGUAGCGCAAUGCAAGAUGCGCUGGGAGGACAAGAGUCCAACGGCUAUUAGUUCCUCCUAUAUUGAGUCGUCCUUUAUGUUUUGUUUAGGAGAUCAGUUAAAUGCAAUGUAUCGGUUUUUGCCUCUCGUAAGAACACUGCAGCAUAUGGGCCGCCUCAAGAGAAAAGGUCGAUUUAGGUACAAACUUAGAAAUAUGAGAUUUUUUAACAGUCUUCUACCUAGAGAUCCUAAACUUAUGGGUUAGUUAAAUACACAUUUUAAGUAAUACUUUGAUAUAUUUUUCUAGGUUUUAAACAUGGCAUAGUUGAGUUACAUUUAUUCUUCACAAAUCAUAAUUUGAAAAAAAUUCUCAACAACAUAA